AUGUAUGAUCGUGCACCGCGUUCACUCAACAAUAUCGUUGGUUGUACGCCUGAUCAUAUUGGACCUGGUAGUUAUCUUCAUCGACCAAAAAAAAUUUCUGCAGAGGGCUAUGCACCAUUUUUAUCACUCUCCAAUCGCAGUGAAGUAUUCUCUAAUAGUGAAAUUCCCGGUCCAGGUUACUAUGAUUUUCCAUCACCAAAAAUAAAAGUAAAAUAA